CGAGAACUUUGAAGUGGUAGGGGACCGCUACUAGUAUUUGUCGCUGAGUUUAGAAUUCAAGACACGUUUUGCUCCAUCUGGAUAUUCACAUUGAAUAUUCACCGUCUACCAUGAGUACCUAUAUGAAACGUUUCGCCUCUUCGACGAAGAAGACAGACACUAAUGCAAAUAUUAAAAAGGAGAGAACCGUUGCGCCUGCCUUAGAGACAGCGAAACAAAAAAGCUAUCGCCGCCACAUCAACCGCCUUGUACCUCCUUCCGAAACGCCAGCAGAAAUGGCUCCUUCAACGGAAUCAAGACAGGCAACCAAAAGUAACAACGGUACACGACCGGGGACCAAAAGUAAGUCACCGACGGCUGGGAUAACGAAGAAACUGAGUACUCGUCGACUCCGUCGCGUGCGAAAUCCUAGUAUUUCGAGUGCUAGCGAUGUUAUAGUGUCCUCUGGGCACCAGUCUGAAAAACUUGACACUAGCAACACUGAACCACCAACAACAGAUUCUAGGGUGUCUCCGACUAAGGAGAGCAAAACCGAAAGGCAUAGCGACAAUGAAGGUGAUGAUGAGGUGUUGGAAGAUGUAGAAAAGCCGAACUCAUUAGAACCAGAAUCUUCAGCACCUACGUCAGCUUUAUGGGACGAAGGAAAGGUAGGAAACAACUCCAUGAGAGCGAGUUCUACACGCAGUAUGCUUCUCGAGAAAGAAAACAUGCAGCGGGAACUUACUGAAGUGCAACUUGACAGGGACAUUCUUCGACUACAACUGUUGGAAGCACAGACAGAGCUAGAAACUUCGCGCACUUCUCUUCGGGAUCAAAUCUCUGUUUUGGAAAAUCAACUUCGCACUUUUCAGCAAAGAGAGCGGCGGCAAUCCAAGAUAAGUGGGAAGAAAAUGGAUGAUGGCAAAAGCAAGGAAUCUAGCCAUCCCCCCCCCGACAACCCGAUCGUUAACGAGGACAGUGCUAAACAAUCAGCAGAAGAUAAUUUUCGUGAUCACAACAACGGGUUUGACAAUGGUUUGCUUGAACAAAUCAGGACUUUGGAAAGAGAUAGAGAAUCCCGAGAAGAGGUAGAACGUGCCUUGCGACAACAACUGAAGGACAUGACCGAAGAAUCGAAAGAGGCAAAAAGCCAAGCUGCGAUCGCUGAGGAUCGUGUUCGUGCCUUACAAGCCUCUAUAGAUGCAUCUAAAUCCGCCUCUUCAACAAGAGAGAAUGCAGAGAAUGAAGACAUUUCAGUUCAAGUCAAUACCAAUGGUAACGAGAAAGAUCAAGUAAACGAUAUCGAUACGGAAGGUGUCAGUGAGGUCGCUAGUUUGAAGAAGAGUUACGAUACUUUGAAAGAGGAUAACAACCAUGUGGAUUCUGAACAAGAUAGACGCAAGAGAGAUGUCGAUUCAUCCGAGAAAUUGUUCGCAAGGUCAAAUAAUAAGAACGAAGUCGUUCAUAACCUACACUUGAAGCUCGACGAAGAAAUGGCGAAACUUAAAUUACGCAAAGAAAGACGAAGGUCAAGAGCAGUAUCUGCUACAGCCUCUUUCAGCACGCACAGAUUUCGUGCGCUCGGUGAUUCAUCUUCAACUACAAGUUUUCGUCGAAAUGAACACAAGAGGGACGAUGUCCGUAUUGCAAUAGCUCCUGACAUUAGCCCAAGAUCGCUAAGUGAAGAAACAUCGAUAACAGGGUUGCCAACAAACACAUCUACGCGGCAACCUGACCAAUUGUUUGACGGUAUUAAGCCUACGCAAUCGAAUCCUGUAAUGAUAGGACAAACUCUAUCUGGAUCUAUUCCUGAAGAGGCCCCGAACUGUGUUGUCAAUUACGAAAAAGAGUUGAAGAUUUUGAACACGGAAUGCAAGAAAUUAAAACAAGAAUUAAUUGACUCUAGAAUGGAAAAAGAGACGUUUGAAACCGCUCUCGAGGAGUCUACCUCGGAAAUUUUGAAAUUGAGAAGUCUUGUGUCGGAGAAGGCCAUAUCUGCUCGUUCGAAUGAAGAGGAUGAAGCUUUGAACCUGGAAUCAAAUGUAAAAGAUGAAGAGAAGGGAGCACUGGGAAAGCUCGAAGAAAAAAAUAUCCAGUUGGCGAAAUCACUCGAGACGGUGAACAAUGUCAAAGUACAGCUUGAAGUUCAGCUUCAGAAUGCCAUGCAGCAAGUCAAUGAAUCCCGCGAUGAGGUGGACAAACUUAAUUCAGAAGUUACCAGCUAUCGUUCCUCAUUGGAACAACACGUAAGUGAGGAAAAAAGGCUGACGGAACUGAUCGAAAGUACAAAAAACGAAACGGCAUUGCAAGCACACGUUACGAGAGGGAGAUCAGAACAGUCAUCUUAUGAGAGACCGACCGAGAUGAAGGAAGAAUCAAAUGACAAGGAUGGUCUAGAACGCAAGAUUCUAAGCCCUGAAAACGAUUCGAAAGUAGCCAUUGAAAGUCUAUUGAAUGAACGGAACAGCGCACUAGAGGAAAGAAAAGCAGUCGAGUUGAAGCUUCGCGAUACUAGCAAAGAACUUGAUGAAUCGAAAGAUCGUGAGUCAGUGCUGGAAAAACUUGUCCAAGAAAUUAGCGAUAAACUGGAAGCGACCCAAAAAGAACUUUCAGGUAAGCAGAAUAGACUUGAACAAGCGUCGACACAAUUGUCAGAUCUAGAAAAGGAACUUGUUGGCCGCGGAAUAUCGAAAACGAGCGAGAACGAGAAUGUUGACUUUCAACGUCAAAUCGAAGAGAAAGGCAUCUGCAUUACAAAUCUACAAAACGAGUUGUCAAACAAGGAUAGAAGACUACAACAAGCGGCUGAGCAAUUGUAUGAACUUGAAAAAGAACUUUUUGGCCGUGACGAAGAGAUUGAUACAUUGAAUGCAAAACGUCAGUACAUCGAGGAUUACGCCAAUAGACAACUGACAGAAAUGCAAAGAGCAUUGGAACAGGGCGUGGUGCAAAUUGAUCGACUUGAAGAAGAAAAAUUGAAGCUGCAAGACUCCAUCCAGAAAUACGAGGAGCAAAUCGAAAAGCAAGGUGGGCGCCUUGCAGAAGCCUCACUUCAACUUUCUGAGCUAGAGAGCGAACUUUUUGCAAAAGAUGAUGACAUCGAAGAGAUUGAAUUGAGUGUCAUCGCGAUGCAUGCUCUUGAAAUUCAACGAUUGGAAGCGCUUGAGGAUUCAGAAAAUAAAAGAAGAGAUCUGGAAAAACAACUUGCCAGUGCAAAGAAAAGGAUGGAAUAUCUGGAGUCUCUUGGUGGAGAAAUCAAAAGAGGAGACGAAACAAGUACCACUGAAGCUCGACGUUUGUUCAUUGAAGACGAACGAAAAUCUAAGGAACUACAGUCGAGUAAAAAUCAGCUGAAUCGCCAGCUUCAAAAUGUGUCAAAACUUACUGAACUGAACGACAAGUGGCAGUUACAGCUAGAGAGCGCCAGUGACGAAAAACAAGAGUUGAUUAGGACCUUGACCGACGCUACAAAUCGAGUUGAUUUACUUCAACGAGAGCUCGAGGAAGCAAGCAACGUGAUCAAGGAUUUGAAUGUGACAAAUGCUGGACUAAAAGACGAUUUAGAUUGUGCGACGCAGGAAGGUGACAAGAAUCGUCGCCGGAUCUCCCAGAUGGAAGAGCAAAAGGAAGCCUUGUCGGAGAAGCUUGAGUCUGCAAUGGAUAACUUGGCGGAUUUGAAGAAAAAUUACAAGGAAUCCCAAGAACGCGAAGAAGCGCUCGGUAAUGAUGUUAUCGAGAAGCUACAGGCCAAUCUCCGAUCGGCGCAAGCCGUCGACAGCGAAACAGAGAUUCGGGUCAGAAAUCUGACAGAGCAACUAGAAUCCGAGCGACGAUCUCUACAGAUGACAGAAGUCCGCAGAAAUGAGUUGGAAACGGAAAACGAAUCGCUCAAGAAUCGCAUACGGCUACUUAUCGAAUUCGAGUUUGAAAAGGGUGACAAUGCGGCAGGAGACGAUCAAGGGGAACUCCGGGAACAGCGCAUCGAAGAGCUAGCGGUCGCGGUGUCUCGGAGGCGAGAGUCCGAAACCAAGCGGCUAGGAACAAAAGCGGCAGAGCUGGAAGAACACAUGAAUCCCUCGGAGAAGGGAGAGAAAUUGUGCAACGAGCCCAUUCUUGCCUCGCUCGAGGACAAGUCCGCGCCGGGCCUCCUGUACAGCAUUUGACGCAAAAAGGCAGCAACGAGACCGGCGCGCUAAUUACUUAGGGGAGA